GAGCAAAUGAUUUCCUUCCUGGAUGGGGCAGUCUAUGGUCAGUGUACAAGAGUUGCUGUAGCAACCCCGCAGCUGUGCUCUGCCUAGCAGAAACUCGGGAUCAGAAAAUUAGUAAAUGCAAACCAUGGAUGAAAGUUAUAAGAUUGCUUCCACAGAAAGGAUCCAGGUGUUGGAAAAAGAACUGGCUGUACAAUUGACAGAACUGAAGUCUGAGACACAAGAACAGGGGACUCUUCAGGGGUCAACUCAUCGAGCUUACAGGUGGCUGAGUCAAAACCCCUUGUUAUUCAAGCAGAUGUCAUGCAGAGGGAGCUAGAGAGCUGCCUAAGGAGAGAGUACACUCCUGAAAAUUUACCUUUGCUUCUGUUGCAGAAACAAGUUGCCUACAUUAUGCAGGAGUACAAUGUUGCCCUUCAGAGAGCUGAUAGAUUGUCUGUUGCAGGAGAAAACUUCCUUAUGGGAAAAAACAAUCCUCCUAACUUAGUGGCACAGGAAGACCUGACUGUUUACACAAAUUAGUUAUUGUGUCACCUACCCUCACUCAAGACUAUUCACCACUACCUGCAGGCCCUCCAGUAUUUGCCCAUCUCCAAAGUGCUGAGUGUAGCUGUUGAUGAAGUCCCCAGUGUUGGUCAGGAAAAUGAAAAGGUCCCUGUCAAUGACAUUGACCCUAACAUCCAGGGUUCUGUAUCUCCAGGCUCUAUGAAUACCAGCGUUUCAGGGCCAACAAGAACAGAAGCUGCUUUCUUUCUGCCCCAACACACAACAGAAACAGAAGAACUGAAACCUCAGCUGAGGCUCCUGCUCUCCCAUUUCAGUAUCCCAUAUGACAUGGAAGAGCUAAGGGAUGCUUCUAAGGAGAUAGAACUUUUUUCCUUGGUUUCCCCAAAAUUUCAAAACAUCUUCAUGGAGCAACAGAGAAUGCAAACAUUUCCAGAUUAUGAUGCUGAGAUAGCUAAAGUGGAGAAUUUGGGUUUGGUAGGACCUGGUAUGGCCUUGAAAAAGAGAGCCAACUGGAUUUCCUUUAUAAAGACCCCUCACUGUUGUGGCCUCUCUCAUUGUGGAGCACAGGCUCCAGACACGCAGGCUUAGCGGCCAUGGCUCACAGGCCCAGCCACUCCGCGACAUGUGGGAUCUUCCCGGACCGGGGCAUGAACCCGUGUCCCCUGCAUCGGCAGGUGGACUCUCAACCACUGCGCCACCAGGGAAGCCCAAAUUACCUUAUUUUUAUUGUGGUAAAAAAAAAACACAUAGCAUAAAAUUUAUCAUCUUAACCAUUUUUAAGUGUACAGUUCAUUAGUGUUCAGUAUAUUCACAGUGUUGUGAAAUAGAUCUCCAGAACUUUUUCUCUUGCAAAGCUGAAACUCUCUGCCUACUAAACAACUCCCUAUUUCCUCCUCCUCCUAGCCCCUGUCAACCACAUUCCACUUUGUUUCUGAAUUUGACUGCUCUUAGAUAGCUCAUAUACAUAGGAUCAUACAGUAUUUGUCCUUUUGUUCUGGCUUAUUUCACUUAUCAGAAUGUCCUCAAAGUUCAUCCAUGUUGUAGCAUGUGACCAGAUUUCCUUCUUCCUUGUUUUUCAUGAACAUUUAUAUCAGCUUUAUUCACAAUAGCCAAAAACUGCAAACAAUCUGGAUGUCCUUCAGUGGGUGAAUAAACUGAAGUACAUCCAUACCCUGAAAUAGCAAUCAGCUAUAAAAAAGGAUCAAAUUACUGAGAUACUCAAGAACCUGGAUGAAUCUCCAGAGAACUGUGUGAGUGAAAAAAAUCCCAUAAAUACUGUAUGAAUCCAUUUAUACAAUACUCUUGAAAUGACAAAAUUAUAGAAAUAGAGAACAGAUUCAUGGAUUCUAUGGGUUAAGGAGAGACUGGAGGGGAAGGGAAGGGAGUGUAACUGUAAAAGGGCAACAUGAAGGAUCCUUGUGAUGAAUCUGUUCUAUAUCUUGACUGUAUCAAUGUCAAUAUCCAGGUUGUGAUACUGUACUAUAGUUUUGCAAGAUAUUAACAUUGGGAGAAACAGAGUGAGGGUUACAUGGGAUCCCUUUAUAUUAUUUUUUUCCUUUUUUCCUUCUCUUUCCUUAAAUUGUGGUAAAAUACACAAAACAUGAAAUUUACCAUUUUAACCAUUUUUAAGUGUACAGUUCAGUGGUAUUAAGUAAUUCAUAUUGUUGUACAACCAUCACCACCAUCCCUCUCCAGAACUCUUUUCAUCUGGCAAACUGUAACUCUUUACCCAUUAAACAGUAACUCCUCAUUCCUCUCUCCCCCUAGAUCCUAGCAACCACCAUUCUAUUUUCUGUCUCUAUGAGUUUGACUACUCUAGGUACCACAUAUUAUGGAAGUAUACAGUAUUUGUCUUUUUGUGACCGGCUUAUUUUACCCACCAUAAUGUCCUCAAGGUUCAUCCAUGUUGUAGGAUAUGUCAGAAUUUCCUUCCUUUUUAAUGCUGAAUAAUAUUUCUUUGUAUGUAUCCACAACAUUUUAUCUAUUCAUUUGUUGUUGGACAUUUGGGUUGCUUUCGCAUCAUGGCUGUUGUGAAUAAUGCUACUAUGAACAUGGAUGUAUAAAUAUCUCUUUGAGAUCCUGCUUUCAGUUCUUUUGUAUAUGUACCCAGAAGUGGAAUUUCUGGAUUGUAAGAUAAUUCUGUUUUUAAUUUAUUUUGAGGAAGCUCCAUAGUAUUUUCCAUAGUAGUUGCAGCAUUUUACAAUCCCACCAAUAGUGCAAAAGGGUUCAACUUCUCUGUAUUCUCAUUAACAGUUGUUAUUUUCUUUCUUUCUCUUUUUUUUACAUUAGUCAUCUUAAUAGAUAUGAGGUGAUGUUUCACUGUGGUUUUGCUUUUCAUUUCUCUAAUGAUUAGUGAUUUUGAGCCUUUUUCCAUAUGCUUGUUGGUCAUUUGUAUAUCAUAUUUGGAGAACUGUCUUUUGAAAUUCUUUGCCCAUUUUUUAAUUGGGUUAUUUGAUUUUUAAAUUGUUGAGUUGUAGGAGUUCUUCAUAUAUUCUGGAUAUUAACCCCUUAUCAGAUAUAUUAUUUGCAAAUAUAUUCUCCUAUUCUGUAGGUUGCCUUUUCACUCUGUUAAUUUUGUCCUUCAGAAUUUUUUAAGUUUGAUGUAGUCAUGUUUGUCUAUGUUUGAUUUUUUUUUUAAGAUUUUUGUGUGUGUGUGAUGUGGACGAUUUUUAAAGUCUUUAUUGAAUUUGUUACAAUAUUGCUGCUGUUUUGGUUUUUUGGCCACGAGGCAUGUGGGAUCUUAGCUCCCUGACCAGGGAUCGAACCUGCACCCCUGUAUUGGAAGGCAAAGUCUUAACCACUGGACCACCAGGGAAGUCCCUGAUUUUUUUUUUUUGACUGUUCUUUUUGUGUCAUAUCCAAGAAAUCAUUGCCAAGUUCAAUAUCAUGAAAAAUUUCCCCUGUUUUCUUCUAAGAGUUUUAUAAAGUUUUAGGUCUUAUGUUUAGAUCUUUAAUCCAUUUUCAGUUAACUUUUGUAUAUGGUAUAAGAUAAGGAUCCAACUUCAUUAUUUUGUAUGUGGCUAUCCAGUUUUUCCCCAGAACCAUUUGUUGAAGAGACUGUCCCCUUCUCUUUUGAGUGGUCUUGGCACCCUUACUAAGAUCAUUUGAUUAUACACUCAAGGGUUUAUUUCUAGGCUCGCUAUUUUAUUCCAUUGGUCUAUAUGUCUAGUGUAUGCCAGUACCACACCAUUUUGAUUAAUGUAGCUUUGUAAUAUGUUUUGAAAUCAGGAAGUGUGAGUCCUCCAACUUUGUUCUUCUUUUUCAAAAUUAUUUUUGCUAUUUGGGGUCCCUUGAGAUUCCAUAUGCAUUUUAGGAUGAAUUUUUCUACUUCAACAAAAAUGCCACUGGGAUUUUGAUGGGGAUUGGACUAAAUUAUCUUUGAGGUUCUUUGUGGUAUUAAAAUAAUUGAAAUAUAUUAAUAUGUGUAUCGUUGAAGUAGAAGUUCAGCUCUGGGACUAUUAUUUGAUUUUUUUACCUCUAGAGGAGGAAAAGGAACAUUUAUUCAGCACUUACUACAUGCCAGGCAUUAUUGCAGCAAUCCUAGGAGAGACCUCACUAGCGUUCUUGUUAGGUUGACUUGUCCUGCUUUGCAUGAAAAGCCAGGAUUCCAGCAGGAAUAUGAGCCCAGGUCUGUGUCCUUACAAAGCCUGUGCUUUUCUCACACUACCCAGCUGCCUCCUCCUCUAUCUCCUCACAGCUUCCUAGGAGUAGACAAACCCAAAACUGAUGAGUGUUUAUCUUUUCACUGGUGCCACAACACGUGUGGGGGUGCACCUGCUGUUGUGUUGAGGGGGUUGUCACAGAAUUUUAAAUGAGUUGCUGUGUACAUAUGAAUAGGUACAGUGUUGAAUGGAGGAACAUGCCUAAGGGAAUCAUGAUGUUUGAGUUUACUUUUAUUUUUUAAUUGAAUAAAGUCCCACCUGGGACUUCUUUCUUAUUCAUGAGAACAUGACCAGAUUCUUGCUGAAAAGUAGGGAAUAACCCUUCUCCCAACCAUCCCUUCUCCUCUCUCUUCUACUCAAGAUUUCCAACCCUGAGAGAGUAAUGCAAGUGCUCCAAGAUCAUGCUGCAAAAACAGUCUCGCUGGCUUCGUCUCAUCCAACAUUUGUGGCUUCCCAGGGUUUGCAUCAGGGCAACUAUGACCAAAUCUGGGAGACUAUUUAUAGCAACAUCAACCUCUACCAGAAUGAAAACAUGAAGGAAGAUGAUCUUUCAGUGGAACGAGAUGAAAAUGACCCAGCACAAAUAAGUCUUAGCCAGUGUGCUAAUGAGCCUGUCAAGCAGAAGAAAGAAACAGGGUCAAAUUAAAUCAUUUAUUGGUGACUCAAGGAAAUGGAACAAACACUGUGGAGAAAAUUGAGUGACUGAUUAAUAUGUACAGUUAUGCAGUGGCCCUACAACUGCUGGGCUUGGAUGAUGGGACUGGGCCCAUUGAUAGAGAUCCUGUCCUGAUGAGGGGGACCUACUUGUCCUUUCUGUAUCUGCGCCACCUGAGGAUCAGGGAGCUGCAGCACAUCUGCUUAGGAAUUCUGAACUGUUUUAGAUCUGUUGAGGGAACACUGACGAUCAACACUUCAGGCCUUACCUUGGUUGCAGGGAGUCUGGUCCCCACCUCAGAAGAUAGUUUCUGGGUAAAUGUGGCAAAAGGAGGCGUGGGCACCUCGCAAGGCCUAAGCGCUCACCACUAUGCCCAUGGGACAUCUGCCGAGCACAAGGUCACAAAGAGGGCAACGAGUCAAAUGUUGACCAGGACUGGGGAUGGGCCCAUGCAGGUAUGGACAGAUUUGCCGUGCUGUAUGACAUGUGGACUUGGGAAGCAACUCUUCUAGAAAACAAGCGCCAGAUAGAGUGUCAGUGGGAGUAUGUCCAGAGGCUUUGGCGUGAAGGCCAUCCAGAUGCUAGCAAUACAUUUGGACUUCCCCUUAACAUAAUUUGCAAAUAACUCAUUUCCAUCAACAAUAGCUGUCUUAUAAGGACUUGGCAUGUGAGAUGGGUUUUGAAGAGUUCCAUUUGUAUCUGAGGCCUGUUCACUUUGAAUUUGCAUCACACGAAGACAAGGUGGUCCAUCCACCUCCUGUCUUUAUGAUCGCUCUGCUGGAGGACAGUGACCACAUAGAUAGGGAAACCUGAUGCUGUCCAGAUACAGAGCAAUUAGGCCUGGAGCCUGCCUUCAUGGGAUGAAACACUGCUUAUGGACAGACCAAAUUCAGGCUUGUGGCUGAGGAGCAAGGAUCUCAACAUAUCCAGCAGUUUGAUCCAUACAUUUACAUGUUGACUCUUGUUCCAUCCGGGAGUGGAAAAUAUGCAAGUGACCCUUGCAUGCCAAGCUACUCAGAAAAAUGCUUUAAUGGUGGCUGUCCAGCAGGCGUCCUUCUACCACACUCCCUGAGGGGCCCGUCAUGCUGAUGUCAAGGUCAACCUGAAAUAACUUGCUCAGGUCUGAGAAAUCAUAGUGGAAUGGGUCCAACCAGAAGAAGAAAUUCCAGAAUUGUGAAUGGCAUAGAAAGCAUGCUGUUAGCUGCAACUCCAAAAGUCCCAGACACACUUAUUUAUCCUUCAGAAAGAUUCCAGGCUACCAAAAGGGCUCUGGAAGCUUUCGUGUCUAUUCAACUAGAAAAGGUGGGGCUGCGGGACAUUGUGCUGAACGCCUUCCUCCUCAGGAAACAAGCCAUGGCUGACAGAAUGAAGAACCUCGAUGAAAUUGGGAAAGUCAAGAGAGAUGUUAUAGCUGAAUAUUGCCAGAAAUUCAACCGCCACAUGUCUCACUAUGCUCUUCGGGGGCAGAUCAUGGCAUACUGCAACAGCCUGAGAGCCCUGCUGGACGAUUUCCCUACCAUCAGAGAUACCUUUUUCGUGGUGGGACAACCACAAGAAAAGAAGGGGUCGAGGGACUCCAAGGAGGGCCUCAAGCCUGACCCCAGUUUUCCAGAUGUUCAUAAUUCAGCCUACCUAGAGUUCACUCACUUGGAUGGAGGAGUUGGCAUACCUGUGCUGAGUUUUCAGCCCUGGCCGCGACGUUUGCUGCCUGCUGACGGGAAAGUCUUCCUCAAUUUAUGGUUCAUACCCCAUCCUUCUGAAGUGCUGAUUAUGUUCAAAACUCUGCCUGAAAAGGUAGCUUUUAGAGCCUUAAAGCUAACUCUACAGCUGAUAGCCCGUCUCCAUGACAUUGUGGCCUACCUCUUCAGUUUGGCUAAACUUGGAAAUCAUCCAAAUUUUGAAUUUCCUCUAAGUCCUAACCCUCUGAGAGACGACUGGGGAGGAACUAAGGGUAUUGGGUCUGAGCUUCAAGAGCUGCAGAAAAUGAUUGACAGCCUCCAGAGACCCCAAGACCCCACUGUGGUGUCCCAGGUCCUCCUCCUUCAAAGGGAGGUUAUGUUUCUGCAGUUUGAUGCUGCAGUGAGGUACCUCAUCCGAAGAACAUUUUUGGCAGCUGGAAAUGCUCCUGCCUACCAGUCUGUCACAGAUGACAUGUAGCAUGGGUUGCCGCCACUGAGCAACUCUCUCGUGAAGAGCAUGUUUGCUUCCCAGCUCAGCUUGCCACAGCUGCUGGAUCCACAGAGCCUCCAGGCAUUUGUGCUGUUCCCUUGGAGAGCAUUUCUGGAAGAUGGAGGACCAUUUCCAGUUACAAGUAGCAGCCCAGAUACCCUAGAAUAUAAGAUGCAGGUAGGAUAG